AUAGUCUCUACAACUUUCCAAGGCGUAUCUAUGAGUGGUAUCCUCAAGUUUUUGAGAGCUAUUCAGCAGUGGUACCUAGAAUUAUUCAACGACUACGUGGGGCGCGUACCGUUAACUUUUUAGGAGCUAUCUAAUAAUUGUACCUACACCUUUAUAUGAUUUACCCUAGAGUUGGAACUGGUCGAAAAUUUUCAGUCGGGUAAAAAACCGGCCGAAUCGAACUGAUCUGAAGAUUCUCGAUCGAUUUUAACUCUAGGGUAAAUCUAAUAAAGGUAUAGGUACGAUUUCUAGAUAGCUCCUAAAAGGUUAAAGAUACGAGCUCCAGGUAGUCAUUAAAUAGUUCUAAGUACCACUGCUGAAUAGCUUUCAAAAAGUUGAGGAUACAACUCAUAGAUAGACUUUAGACAAUUAUGGCGAUCAUCCUAAGAUAAUCUUGAAAAGUUGUAGAUGCUAUGUUGAAAUAGACUUCAAAAAGCCCUGAGUAGCAUUUUUGACCUAAUGUCAAUCGAUUCCUGAAAGAACGCUGUUUGAUUAGUUCAGUUCUUUGAAAAGGAGCUGCUUGAACAACUCAACUCCUAUUCACGAACGUUUCCAACAGCUCCUUUCAUCACCUUUAUUUUAUUCUUCUACUAAGAUUCUGAGAAUAUGUAUUCAUUUUCUUGUAUCAGUUAUUGCUGCAUACACAACAUUUCCCUUGUAUAAUGAUGAAGUCCUAGAAAAUAUUCGUACAAAGUUUUUUUUUUAUUGUAGUGUUCUGGCUGACCUAUUAUCUACAGCACAUGAACAAUGUAUCAAGAAUCCUAUCGAUCAGACUGAAUCACCAUCGAAACAUCUUCAAAGUGUUCUUGCGAAUGAUAUUAUCACUACGGUAGAACAAAAUGAGGGAAUCAAAGAUUUAUUGACUAAUUCACCGAUGCAAAUACAAAAAAUAGGAGAAGCUAAAUUUAAUAAAAAUGUAUACAGUUUAAUUAGUACUUCUAUUGUUUAUCCUGAUAGUUGGUGUCCUCCUCCAUCAUUUACUCGUUCACCUUAUCAUAUUCUUUCAAAUAAACAGAGUGAACAUGAAAUAAAAGAUUGGUAUAUAUCAGCAUUUGGUAAAUUCUUAUCACCACCGACGAAACAACGAUUAUGGCAACUAGAACCAGCAGAAUGGUCUGCAUUUUUAAUACCUUAUGCAGCAAAUAACUAUGUUGAUUUAAUGGGAAAAUUUUUAUCUAUAUUUGCUCUAAUUGAUGAUCAAUUAGUUGAAGUUGAAGCUUCAGAACAAAAACGAAUAACAUUAGAACAUUUGUUUAUGUUUGCUGAAACAUGGAAAUUAGCAUUUCAACGGCAAAAUGGUCAGCAGAUGAAUAGCAAAAAUUUAGCAAGAAGAAUUCAUGAACUUGCAUUAAAAACGAAUAUUUCUCUAUUAGAACCAUGUUUUCAAGUAUGGUCUUCUAUUGCCGAUAAUUAUGUAAGAUUUGGUGCAGAUGAAACAUGGUGUAAUAGAAUGUGUAAUGCAAUCAAAGAAUGGAUUGAAUUAGGAAUUAGAGAAGUAAUAGGAAAGAAACGUAUAAAACAAUCAUCAUCUUUGACGGAAUUACGAACACAAAUUCCUGUUAUUCUCACUUCAUAUGAUCAUCCAUCUCUUCGUCAAGGAGCAAAGGAAAAGACAAUGACUGUUGAUAUGAGUGGUAUGUCUCUCUUAGAAGUUCUCUUACGACAAAGAAUAGCCACUAUUGGAAUAUCGAUGAUGUCACUUUUGUUAGAACAAUCAUGUGGUCUCAAUUUAUCAUCUAUCGAUAUAUUAUUACGUCCUGCUAUAAAUAUAGCAGCUAUUAUGCCUUCAUUAGUUAAUGAAUUAGUUGGAAUGGGAAGAGAUUUAAGAGGUGAACCAAAUUUUUCAUUAAUCUAUCGUCAAAUGUUUAAUUGUUCAUUGCAACAAAGUAUUUAUUUUACUUUGACAUUACAUGAUUUAGCUAUGAAAACAUUUGACCAAAAUGUCGAAAAGAUAUUGCAAUCUUUAAAAUCUCCUUCUUUACAACAUUAUGUCUCAAUUUAUAUGCAAUAUCUACGUCUGUUAGUUCGUGGUUUUGCUCAAUGGCAUCAUUAUUCAGAUCGAUAUAAAAAUCUUAUUGCAGUAGAUGAAACCCAUAAACAAAUAUUAAUAUUUUCGAUUGCUGACAGUCAAAAACAACGUUAUGAUGCUUUACAAGAUGCAUUAAUACAACAUCAAUCGCAUAAAGUAAUACGCGAAAGUCUUUACUAA